ACUGAAACCUCGGGCAAAGUACAGUACAAGUCGGUGGUUUCUCCAGUGUACUAGAUCCGCCGCCAAGGAUCUCCCGACGACGACGACGACAACGACGACGACCUCGACACCUCCAGCUACUUGGCUCCCGCUCGCGUCCUCGGCCCGCCCGUCUUCGUGGCCAUCUUCCAUCUUUGACAUGAGCGCCAGCAAGAACCACCGGUCGUCCGCCGCCAUGCGUGGCAUCGACGCGCCGCCCCGAUCGGCCACGUGCCACCAGCGCGUCGUUGUGCUAGGCGGCGGCAUCAUCGGCCUCACCACGUGCUACUACCUCGCCAAGCGCGGCCACGAAGUCGUGUGCAUCGAAAAGGAAAGCCAAGUCGGCAUGCUCGCGUCCUUCAAGAACGGCACGUUCUUCGACUCGACGCUGUACAGCAGCUGGGCCGACUUCUCUGUGCUCUAUCGCAAGCAGACCCACGCCUCGUCGUCGCCCAAGUCGAAGCAAAAGGCCUUUCGCAUCGAGGCCGCAGCGUGGAUGGACCCGGCGUUCUGGUCGUGGGGUCUCAAGUUCAUGACGAGCGCGACGAGCCGCCGGGCCAAAGACAAUGGCCGCAAGAUCCGCGACCUCGGCUUUUACAGUCAGCGCAAGCUCGACGAGCUCAUCCGCAUGCACCCCGAGAUCGAAGAAGCCAUGGAACAGACCGCCGAAGGCACGCUCGAAGUCUUCGAAUCGACCGCCGAGCGCGACGAGGUGAUGCACUCGGACCGCAUUUACCACUGCAUGGAGUACCGCCUCCCGCUGCAGCCGCUCGACGCCAAGGACGCGGCUAGUGUCGAGCCAGCGCUCGCCGCCUCCGUGCUUGCGCCAGGCGCCAUCUACUCGGCCACCGGCACCAACGGCGAUGUGCACAAGACGUGUCUGGCCAUGUGGCAGCUCUGCCGGCAGCACGGCGUCAUGUUUCGCUUUAACACGGACAUCACCGACAUUCUCAUCGUCGACAACCGCGUCGUCGCUGUUCAAGCCCACGAUGGCGACCUCAUUGAAGGUGACUCGUUCGUGCUUGCCUUGGGCAACCACACACCGGCGGUCGCCAAGCUCGCCGGCGUCAAGCUGCCCAUGUACCCCGUCAAGGGUUAUGUGCUCAGUGUCCCGCGCAACGAAGCUUUCCCGCCGCUCACGUGCAAUGUGUACGCCGGUGGGAACGCACUCGUGUCGCCCAUGGCCGACGGCUCGCUGCGGAUAUCGGGCGGCGCCGACUUUGCCGGUUUCAACUACAAGAGCGAUCCGAAGCGGGUCAAGUGGCUCUUGAAGCAGGCCAAGCGCCUCUUCCCCGAGACGUACCUCGACGAGUCCAAGCUCGAGUCGCACGCGUGUCUGCGACCAGUGAGCGCCGACGACGUCCCGUUCAUCGGCCAGACGCUGGUCGACAACCUCUUCGUCAACACGGGCCACGGCUCGAAGGGCUGGACGCUCUCGUUCGGGUCCGGCGCGCUCCUCGCCGACCAAAUCAGCGGGCGAACACCCGAGAUCAACAUUGAAAAGUACUCGCCGCUGCGCUUCGGCCUCUUUAGUUAGACACGAAACAUGCCCACCAUAUCGGGUCGAUGGAAGACCCGCACCAUCCCUUUUCCACUCUUUUUAGGCCACGAUUGCGUCCUUAGUUUAAGCUCUAAUAUGUAUUUCCUCGCGCA